CACUGAAGAAUGAAGAAGAUACCUUGUAAAUAUGAAAUGAGCCCAACUCCUAUGCUCUUCUUGUCUCCACUCUCCCACUCUAUAUCAUCACCAUUACCAACACAUUUUUCAAUUCAAUACCUCUUAUAUAGCUUAGAUUAUCACCAAUAUAUGAAUAUAUAGAGACAUACCAUCACCGCCAUUUCAAUAAAGAUGGGAACUUUAGGCAGAGUUUUAGCGGUUUCUUACCCUAUAAAGCCGCUAUUAUGCCUGCAUGCUCCUCACAAUAAUUCUUCAACUGCUAGAGUUUUAUAUUUUAACAAUCGCAAGUUCCGCUCGAGUUGCCGAUCUAUGGCUUCUUCUUCUUCUCCUGAGUUUGAUCCUUCUGUUAAUAUUAACUCUGACUCCACCGACAAAAACUUUGCCGGAUUUUGUAUAAUAGAAGGGCCUGAAACAGUUCAAGACUUUGCUAAAAUGGAACUUCAAGAAAUUCAAGAUAAUAUUCGGAGUCGGCGCAACAAAAUUUUCUUGCAUAUGGAGGAGGUUCGUAGGCUAAGGAUACAACAGAGAAUAAAGAAUGCUGAAAUUGGGAUAUUUAAUGAAGAGCAAGAGAAUGAGCUUCCUAAUUUCCCUUCAUUCAUCCCCUUUUUGCCUCCUUUGAGUGCAGCCAAUCUUAAGCUGUAUUAUGCUACUUGUUUUUCUCUUAUUGCGGGGAUUAUCCUUUUCGGCGGUCUUUUAGCACCCACUCUGGAGCUUAAGUUGGGGAUAGGCGGUACAUCAUAUGAAGAUUUUAUCCAUAAUGUUCAUUUGCCAUCGCAAUUGAGUCAGGUUGAUCCUAUAGUGGCAUCAUUCUCUGGAGGAGCAGUUGGUGUGAUAUCAUCCCUGAUGGUAGUUGAGAUAAAUAACGUAAAACUUCAGGAACACAAGAGAUGCAAAUAUUGCCUUGGAACUGGAUAUCUUGCUUGUGCUCGUUGCUCAAGCACCGGAGCACUUGUACUUAUUGAACCUGUUUCAACAGUCAGUGGAGGGGAUCACCCGUUGCCAGCACCAAAGACAGAAAGAUGUUCAAAUUGUUCAGGAGCUGGAAAGGUCAUGUGCCCCACAUGCCUUUGCACUGGAAUGGCUAUGGCAAGUGAACACGACCCUCGAAUUGACCCAUUUGAUUAACAAGUGUAUUUCAGACUCACAUUGGGAAUGACCGCAAAGGUUAGAUUUGAUCCCGGAUAGGCUAUGAUUGCCUCAUGCUCUUUAGCCUUAAAUUCCUAGAGGAUAAGGAAGAAUAGUUCAAAACAUGAACAAAUGGCUGAAGAUUGUUAAGGGCAUGGAAUGCCCAAUCAAUUGUGUUCUAUUAGUUAAAAAAGGCGGAUUUUUUUUUAUCUUAUAUCAUAGAAAUUUUAAAUGGAUGUACUGAUAUUUGCAUUCAGUUACCUUGAAAUAAAGCAUUUUUUCUUA